AACGUGAUCAACAUGUCGUACUGCACGCUGAUACUGCUGGGCAAGCUGAUCCAGCGAGUGGUGUUCGGCGAGCUGCGCGUGGCGGAGUCGCAGCGCGUGAAGGACAAGUUCUGGAACUACGUGUUCUACAAGUUCAUCUUCGUGUUCGGCGUGGUCAACGUGCAGUUCCUCGACGAAGUGCUGCUCUGGGGCUCCUGGUUCACCGUCAUCGGCUUCCUGCAUCUCACCGCACAACUCACCAAGGAUAGAUAUGAAUAUCUGUAUUCGUCCCCGAAUUCCAUACUGUGGACGCACGUGCGGUUGCUGGGGCUUGUGGUGUGUAACAUGGCGGCGUCUACGGCUCUGCUCGUAGCCGCGUACGCCUGGAUCCUGCCAAACAACAAGGACAACUUCGCAUUCAUGGCCGCCGAGUGCACGCUGCUGCUGGUGGCGGGGCUGCACAUGGUGGCGCGCUACGCGCUGCAGCUGCGCGAGGUGGACGUGGCCGGGCCCGUCGCCUACUACACGCAUCUUACAUUCGACGCGGUGUCGCUGGUGGUGGAGCUGGCGCACGUGGUGCACAUGGUGAUCUUCAGCAACAUGCUGGUGUCGAUGGCGUCGCUGGUGCUGCUGAUGCAGCUGCGCCACUUGCUGCACGAGCUGCAGGCGCGCCUGCGCAGACACCGCCUCUACACCUCGCUCGCCACCCACAUGAGCAAGAC